CGUAAUGAGACCGUAUAAAUAAAAUUUAAUUGUUUAAUUAUAAAUUAGUCUGUGUUAGGAGUCCGUUCACAGCACAACCGGCAAAAUUAUGCCGCCUCAAGUCGACCCGGUCGUUAGCGGGGUGCUAUUCGAAACCGACACGCAGACACCUGACUUGGGGCUCGACAAAGAUGUCUCAGUUCUAAAGAAGGCGGCUCCGAAGAAGUAUGAAUAUGUCUGGGGCAACAUUGCAUGGUUCCUUUUUCUGCACAUCACCUCACUGUAUGGCCUCUACUUAGUCUUCACGUCGGCGAAAUGGCAGACGAAUGUUUUCGCAUUUGCCGUUCAUCUCAUGUGUGCAAUCGGUAUUGGCGCUGGAUCUCACCGACUAUGGACCCACAGAUGUUUCAAAGCUCGCACUCCAUUGCGCAUCCUUCUUAUGAUCUGGCAGACUAUGGGAUUCCAGGACUGCAUCUUCGAGUGGGCACGAGACCACCGCACUCACCACAAGUACGCCGACACCGACGCUGAUCCUCACAAUGCAGAGAGAGGCUUGUUCUUCUCGCACAUGGGCUGGCUGUGCUGCAAGAAGAGUCCCGAAGUCAUUGAGGGUGGAAAGAGGAUCGAUGUGUCCGACCUCUAUGCCGAUCCUGUGGUGAUGUUCCAGAAAAAACACUACAUGAAGAUGAUGCCAAUCCUCUGCUUCGUUUUGCCGACGAUCAUCCCCGUGUACUUCUGGGGCGAGACCUGGCUGAACUCCUUCUGUGUGCCCACCAUCCUGCGAUACACCUGCGGCAUCAACGUAGUCUGGUCCAUCAACAGCUUCGCGCAUACCUUCGGAUACCGGCCUUAUGAUAAGUCUUUGAAUCCACGCGACAACAUCGGCACCUGGAUGAUCUGCGUGGAAGGUUUCCACAACUACCACCACACGUUCCCAUGGGACUACAGGGCGACUGAAUACCCUCUGUACAACAUGCUGACGCCUACCAUCGUGUUCAUUGACCUUAUGGCUAAAAUUGGCCAAGCUUAUGACCUGAAGAGCGUAUCUCCUGACAUCAUCAAGCAACGCGCGCAUCGCACAGGGGACGGAACCCACUAUCUAUGGGGCUGGGACGACCCAGAGUUUACUGAAAAGCUAAAAUCCCAGUACGGGCAGGUCACUAACCCAGAAGAUAAGAAAAUAGAAUGAGAAUUAUAACAAGAGUCUGAAAUAACUCCUAAAAUGUACACCUACUAACUUACUUUUAGAUUUGUAAAUAUUAAUUCGAUUUAGAGGGAAUUCAUGCAAUCGUUAUUUCGAAAUAAAGGUUUCAUUUUAUGUUUA